AUGGACCACUCGAAUGCCCCAACCUAUGAGUCCAAAGAGGGACUCAUUCUCGACCUGAAGAAUUUCAUCUGUCGCUGCCCAACUCGAGUGAGGGAUUUCAAUACCGCGAUUCAAUCUGCCCUCGAUGAUGGACCAGAUGAGAUGUAUACUGAAGGGAUUACAACCCUAGACUCUUAUCUCCAAUAUUGUGAGAGACUUUUGCGAUGGGUGCCAAAUGUGGACACAACUGGGGAUGAACUGCUGCGCAGGAUUUUGGUCUUCUACUGGGUCUUCGACCAGCCGAGUGUUCUCGGGUUGCAAACCCCGAUCUCGCCUGAAACGUCCAACAACGACCUAUCCUGGCUCUCAUACUGGCUCGUCUGCUUUGCACGACAACAGGGACAGUUCUUGAGUACCCCGGAGUCCGCAGGGCUGCUCUACACCUUCUAUCUGAAUCCAAAAUACAACCAAGAAGCGGCAUCGUGGGAAAAGCCAACAUCCGGUUGGCAGUCUUUCAACCACUGGUUUUCGCGUAAGUGGAAAAACAUCGACCACGCGCGGCCCGUUGAUGGUCCCUUGAAUGACAAUGUGAUCACGAUGCCCGCUGAAUCGACUUAUGCCGGAAAUUGGCCGAUCACGGAGGGGAGAAUUCAACUUCAGAUCAAGGGUGUGAAAUAUGACAACUGGCCUGUCAAAGACCUGUUGCAGACCACGGAAGAUAUUUGGGAUGAGGGCCACUUCACCCACUCUUUCUUGGGACCCGCUGAUUAUCAUCGUCAGCAUGCACCAGUAACUGGGGAAGUUAUCGAGGCAAGAGUGAUCCAGAACCAGGUGUAUUUGCAGGUGGCGAAGAACACCACUACCGGAAAGAUUUAUGCGGAUCGCGCGAUGGUUCGUGCCCCAGCUGAAGUCAAGCGUCGACGAGGUGUGCGUGUUCAAUACGAGUCUGAAGGUGAAGGUGGUGAAAAUGACAGCUCUCGAGACCCCACAAACGAGGAUCUUGAUGCCCCAGACGAUGCUGGCUACCAGUGGUGUCAAACUCGGGGAUUGAUUGUGAUCCGAACCAAGGAGUAUGGCAAGGUAGCCAUUUUGCCUAUCGGAAUGGCUCAAGUGUCAUCGGUUGUAUUGACCGUGAAAAAGGGCGACCAUGUCGAAAAAGGGCAAAACAUUUCAUACUUCCAGUUUGGUGGAUCUGACUGUGUGAUGGUUUUCGAAAAAAGAGUCAAUUUCCAACCUAAACCAAAAGACAAGGUGAAGGUCCGAAAGCAAGUCGCUACUUUUAGAAAAUCGCCGGUUGUCGAUGGCUCUGAGAAACGCUGA